UAAAAAAGAAAAUUGAAAACAGAAAGAAUAUGAGCAUAAAGUGGGUGAAGGAGGGGGUUCCUAUAUAAAUUCAGAGAUCAACCACACCAAUGCCAGUGGGGGGAAUCUACGUGUCUCUGACACCGAAUCCACGUUCUAAAGUACGCUCCCACUUCUAAUCGCCGGAGAAUGACGUCACACUCUCACUACCAACCCGACUUAGACGCCGACUCCGUCACCUCCUCCCCUCGCUCCGACCAUUUCCACGACGCGCCGCCGCGCGUCCGCUUCAUGUGCAGUUUUGGCGGCAAGAUCCUCCCCCGCCCCCACGACAACCAGCUCCGUUAUGUCGGUGGCGACACUCGAAUCGUCGCGGUCCACCGCUCUAUCUCCUUCUCCGCCCUCAUUCUCAAACUCUCUAAACUCUCAGGCAUGACCAACAUAACCGCGAAGUACCAGCUCCCGAACGAGGAUCUGGACGCGUUAAUCUCGGUCACGACGGAUGAAGACGUGGAGAACAUGAUGGACGAGUACGACCGCGUGGCACAGAAUCAGAACCCGCGAUCGGCGCGGCUUCGGCUCUUCCUCUUCCCCGAAGGGGAAGACUCUCGAACCAGUAGCAUCAGCUCGCUAUUGAACGGCUCAGCCAAACGCGAGAACUGGUUCCUCGACGCACUAAACGGUGGCGUUUCGGGUCUCGAGCGUGGCCGCUCUGAAGCCUCUUCCAUGGUCUCGGAAGUACCCGAUUACCUCUUCGGAUUAGACAACUCCGACGACACACACCAACGCGACCCACGACCCAAGGACCGACCCGUUCUCCAAGACAACGUUUCCGUUUCGGAUCCGGGUUCUCCCGCCCCGGUUGUUUCCUCACCGUACUGUUCGACCUCAUCAGCGCCCUGCGUUCCUUCUCUUCCGAACCUUCCUCCAGUAAAGACUAAACUUUCAAACUCAGUUGCUGAUUCGGACUCCAAGGAAAAUCAAUUGGAACCUGAAACGGAACCUCAACCCAACCUCAACCAAAACCUCUACCCGGGUAACCCUGUAGUCCACUACCCCCAAGAAUCUGCUUAUUCUGCUCAUACAGUAAACCCAGUUCCUGUUUUCUAUGUUCCCGGUCCGGUUCGACCUGGAACUGUGCCGGUAACUAUGCAGCAGACACCUUACCCCUACGUUCAACAACCAUACCAUGCAAUGGUGCCAUCUCAGGUUCCCAUCGGCUACCAUCAUUUGAUUCCGGGUUCGGGUCAAGUAUAUGGUGCAGGCGUGAGGCAGAUGAGUCCACUGCAACCUUACAAUCCUUCCACCGGAGUGGUUCCCGACGGUUUGAAACAGCACGUGUAUCAUGCAGUGCCGAAUUCCGGUCCAGUUCCCGUUCACCAGAUGAUGCCCAUGAGCGGUGCUGAUGAACUGCAGAGAGGUGGAGCGGAGUACGUGGUGGGUCGGGGCCCCAAUUCGCUGAAUAACUGAACCGGUUUUUGUGUUCGGGGUGGGUGCUUAAUUAUUUUAUAAUUACUACGAUCAUGCAAAUGGGUAAUUCAUGUGUACACGUGCCUGCACCUUUAAGUUUGGGCUUUUCCAUUAUUCGUUGAAUUCAAUGCAUUACAAGCCGAAAAUGGUAAUUAUAUGAAUUUCUUUGAGCAAAUUAUCUCAGGUUGUACAUUAUAAAGGAGAUAAAUAAUAUUUCUUUUUGCUGCCAA